AUGGGUAUUUGUCAAAAAAAAAUUUAAAGUUCACCGAUUAAACAAAUUGGCCCUACUGAUUUAGAAAACUUAAUAACCAUGAUUAAAAUUAUUCAAUUUGGUAGUUUUCUAAUACAAUAUCGAAGAUAAAUUAAUGCAAACGUAUUUAGUGAAAGAUCGCUUUGAUUAAUAAGAAAAGAUUAUGACUGUAGUACAAAAAUUAAGUGAAGAACGUUUAAAAUUUAUACUGAACAUAACUAGUUAAAAUAUUCAUAAAAUAGAAAAAGUAUAUUAAACUGAUUAGUAUUCUAUAAUAUUUUAAUUGUACUUAUUUUAAAAUAUUUCAGAAAACCAUAGGGCUAAACUCUAUUUGAGUAUUGUUGCAAUAAAGAUAUUUUCGAUUAAUUAUAGGUUAAAUAAUUAUUCAAAUAAUUGAUCUAAACGUUAAAAAUGCUGCAUGAUUUAAAAAUUACCUAUUAGUAAUUAGCUUUAUAGAUGUAGUUUAUAAUCUCCGAAUAAAAUUUUAGUAACACCUGAAGGAAACAUUUUACUUAAUGGAAUUUACUUAAAACAUAAAUAGGAAACAUUUUCUCAGUCUAUUUUUAAUCCCCCAGAAUCUGAAGAAUCAGAUGUAGAAAAACAUAACAUUUGGAAAUGUGGGAUCUUACUUUAUAUACUAUUAUAAGGAACUUUACCUAAUAAAUUUAAAUAUCUAUAUCCUUACACAGUCAAGGAGUCUAAAAAAUCAAUAUUAUUUGAUCCUGAAGAUCCUAACAUACCAUUCCUCUAAAGAAAGUUAAUGGUUGAUAUGUUGAAUGAAUAGCCUGAAGAGAGAUUAACAUACAAUUAAGUAUUGCAUAAUUAAUGGAUAAUUGGAAAUUCAAAUAAUGUAACACCAAGAUAAGUUAUAAAUAGAGAAACAAUUUAAUUUGACAAAUAUUUAUUACAAUGCAUUUAAAUAGAUUAAUAUUUAGAAGAAUUCAUUGAAGCUUUUUCUUAUCUUAAUAUAAGACAUAAUUCAAUAUUAGCAUCUUUUUCAAAGUUUGAUUUGCAUAAAUCUCAAAAGAUUUUAUAUAAAGAAAUAAAUUACAUAAAAUAAGUAUUAAAAAAUGAGGCUUUAAUGCUUAGUAUUUUAAUAUUUAAUGAAUCUAAAGAUUAAUUUAUUUAUGAAAGUAAAAUAUUGUUUAAUAUUAUAUAUAGUUUGUAUUUAAAAAUGGGAAAAUUAAAUGAUUAAUCAAAUGAUUUAAAAUCUUAAGGCUUGUUUUCCAAAUGAAGAAGUCAAAAAAUCUUAAGUUGUUAAUUAUUUACAACCAAAAAUAAAGAAAUAUGAAGAUGGAUUAAUAUUAAAUGAUACUUCUUAGAUGAUAACAAAUCUAACAAAAGAUAUAUAUUAAUUUGAUGAAUUAAUAGUUGAAGUUUAAAAUGGGAUUAAAAAAAAGAUAAAAGAUAAAAUUUAGGAGUAAUAAAUUUUUAUUAAAUCAGAAGAAAUUUAGUAAAAGCUUGAUGAAUUAAUAAAUAUGUUAAAAUAUGAUUAAGAUUAUUAAUAAAAUAAAAGUUAAUAGAAUGAGAUCAUAUAAAUUUAAACAAUUUUAGGAAAAUAUUCAUAAUUAAAUUAAGUUUAUUAGAAAGAAAUAUUGUAGCAUUUAGAAGAGUUUGAAAAAUAUGACAAAUAAAGGAAAUAUAAAUAAAUAUUAAACCAAAUGAUAAAUAAAUUACAAUGA